AUGGACAAUCAAUUCAUACCGUAUGGUAGACCCGAAGAUCAUCUUGUAUCAAUGCUCUUUGGCCCCCAGUUCAUAUCAUCCAAACUAUAUCAACUCUGCCCUCCUGAGGAUGUGGUGUUAGCAAAAGGGUUGAUGAGGCCAAUCUCUAAUUUCUGGGAUGAUUUGUCAAAGAAGAGUGCAUUUUCCAAUGAAAUGUAUGGAUCUGUUAAGCGUGCUUACAUCAUGCCCGACGAGGAUAAAACCUUAAAAUUAGAUUUCCAACGUUGGCAAAUCAAAAUCUCUGGAGCAACAAUAGUGAAAGAGAUAAAAGAUGUUGACCACAUGGCAAUGAUCUCGAAGCCACACGAACUUUGCCAACAUUUAUUGGAUAUAGCUUGGGAUGGCAAAGGCCCUCGUCCUCGCCCUGCCAAGGAUUUUGUCGUCUCGUUCCCACCACAGACACCGCUUAAGGCAGAGUGGAGCAAGGCAGGACGAGAGGAGGCAAUCUUCUGUCAUAUUUACUACCUCAUUUUUAUAUUAUUUUUACUUUUACUUUUGAUUUUAAUUUUAUUUAAAUUCUAG